AAGUACAAGCGUUAUCUAGUUGACAGCAAAAACAUUCAAAGAUGUUUUACCUACAUGAAUUUUCACCUUUCACCUACAGAACCUAAGGUAAUUCUUUAAUGGACUUACAUUUUGUGACGGGUGUACAUGUAUAUAAGGAAAAUUGUUCAGUAUCUGUUGUCAACCUGCACAAUUUGAAUUGAAAAUAAUGUGUGUAUUUUAAUGAAAAGCCCCCUGAGUUCAAUGUAGUUGAUGAGAAAAAAUAUAAAAGGCAAAAGCCACUCACCCCAGAAAUGGUAACUAAACCCUUUUGCGUGUGUGUAAGAUAUAAUUGAUAUUCCGACAAGAUAGCUGGAAUGAAUGCCAUCAUAUCAACGUAACCCUGCGCAAAUUAAUUUUUUAGCAACUUCAUCAUCAAGUCCACCGAGAAAUCUAAUCACUAAAGUGAAUAUACUAGACACUGCAUGUCAUCAUGACCUCGAAGCAAAGACGAUUAAAAGACAUUUGAGGUGGAGCGACAACAAGAGCAGGUGUAUUACAGCUUCAUAUAAAAUAUCCAUAAUUUUACAGAAUCAGAAUGGUUCUGAAUAUUCCCGGCUUGGUGGCGGUCAUCAUCUUCUAUGUCGUCAUCCUCGUCAUCGGACUAUGGGCGGCCCGCCGGACCAAAGGGGAGACAAACAGCGAAAAUGUGAUGCUUGCUGGGAGGAAUAUUGGGACAUUUGUUGGAGUAUUUACUAUGACAGCUACUUGGGUGGGAGGUGGGUUCAUCAAUGGAACAGCUGAGACAGUGUUCAAAGACGGUCUGCUCAACUGUCAAGCGCCGCUGGGUUAUUCCCUAAGUCUUUUUAUUGGAGGUGUAUUUUUCGCCAGUAAAAUGCGUGAACACGGGUAUGUCACAAUGUUGGAUCCAUUCACCCGGAAAUAUGGGGAAAGGAUGGGCGGACUGAUCUACAUACCGGCGUUGCUAGGGGAGGUUUUUUGGUCAGGGGCCAUAUUGGCUGCUCUAGGGAGUACCCUCCGCGUUAUCAUCGGGCUCUCUCACGAAGUGUCCAUCAUCUCCUCGGCCUGUAUCGCCGUCUUCUACACCCUGUUUGGAGGACUCUACUCCGUGGCCUACACUGACGUCGUACAACUCAUCUGUAUCUUCGUGGGCUUGUGGCUUUGUAUUCCAUUUGCCAUGACGAGUGAAUUUGUAGAGAAUAUAUCCGUCAAUUCAACAAGUGCAUGGAUAAAGGAGGUGGAAUCAGUCAACACAGGGGUGUAUACAGAUUCUUUUCUACUGCUUAUCUUUGGUGGUAUACCUUGGCAAGUCUAUUUCCAGCGAGUUUUGUCUGCAAGAACAGCGAGAGCGUCGCGUUAUCUUUCAUUUCUUGGGUCCCUUGGGUGUCUCAUAAUGUCUGUUCCUUCUGUCCUUAUUGGUGCUAUAGCAGUAAAUACAGAUUGGAAUAGCACUGCAUAUGUCACUAAAGACAACUUUAAUGCAUCAGAUAUACCGAACAGAGCGUCUGACAUCCUACCAUUAGUCUUGCAAUACCUGACCCCAGAAUGGGUCUCGUUCUUUGGACUUGGAGCGGUAUCAGCUGCCGUAAUGUCGUCUGCUGACUCUUCCAUUUUAUCCGCCAGUUGCAUGUUUGCAAGAAAUAUCUACAAGAUGAUAUUUCGUCAAAAGGCUUCUGAGAAAGAAAUAAUCUGGGUGAUGCGGAUUGCAAUUUUCGGCGUCGGAGCCUUAGCUACAGAAAUGGCCAUCAAUGUGGACUCUGUCUAUACAUUAUGGUACCUUUCUUCUGAUCUCGUCUACGUCGUGCUUUUCCCACAGCUAGUCUGUGUAAUUUACCUAAGGAACUCGAACACAUACGGGUCUCUCUUGGGAUACAUAGUCGGCAUGUUCUUUCGGAUAGCUGGAGGAGAGCUCUCUCUUGGCAUUGGUACGCUGAUAAAGUAUCCUUACUACUCUGAAGAGCAGGGACAGAUGUUCCCUUUUAAGACCCUUUGCAUGAUGAUGUCAAUGGUGACGAUCAUCGCCUUUUCAUUUUUGACUGAUAUUUUGUUUAAGAAAGGGAUAAUACAUCAUCGUUUUGAUGUAUUUAAGUGUGGACUUUCCCAAUCUAGUUUCGAUGAAAAGGUGCAUAACAACAAUCUGACGUUAGAUCACGCUACUUUGACUGUUAGUGAUGCUGGGUUUACACCUCCAAUUGAAGAAGUGAAAAUUACCAGGGAUGUUUGAUAAUAUGCACAUAAGUUUUACCAAUCUAUCUAAUGAACUAACUGUUUUAAUAACGCUAAAACAACGGUUUAGCACACAUUGUGCAUGAUGCUUGCUUAUUCUUAAGAGGUAUUCAAUUUGUAUUUCAGCAAAAUUUUCUGUGAUGAAAGCUUAAUUUUUUUUUAGGUUUUCAUAGGCGAUUUU